CGCACACCUGUGGGGGUCAGCCGCUUGACUAGAGAAAAUGGUCCGAGACUCUGUUUAUAAGAGCAUCUGAAGCGGUCCAGGGUCAGGACACGUGCUGCCCGCUGCUCCCCGCCGAUAGGAUGGCAGGACGACGCCGCUGCGUUUGAAGCGCACGCGUUGUUGUGGUGUUGGUUGUGCCUGCGUGCGCGUUCCGGACUAUCCAAGGCGAUGCGCGCCGAGCAGAAGCGGCGGGGUCCCGCGUGUGCGGUGGCGCUGCUGCCCCACGCCAUCCUCAUCCUCUCCCUGGUCGGCUACGCGCUGCUGGGCGCCGCGCUCUUCCACGCCAUCGAGGGAAGAAGCGAUGGAAACGGGACGCGCGAGGGUUACCGGGAGUUCGUGAAAGCGGUGGUGGAGACGGUGCGCAACAACUCCGCUAAGCCUGAAGACGCUCUGCUGAAUGAUGUGGGCCAAGAUCUUGAGAUGAUCUUGAAGGAUUACAAGUCUGUGUGGUCUCAGAAGCCUGAAAGGUGGCACUUCUACGGCUCGCUCUUCUUCUGCUGCACAGUCUUCACCACUGUGGGUUAUGGAGACAUCUAUCCAGUGACCCUGACCGGCAAAGUUGCAUGCAUCCUCUAUGCGAUGGUGGGCAUCCCGCUCAUGCUGCUGGUCAUUUCAGACGUUGGUGACAUUCUGGCUAAGCUCUUCUUCAAGAGCUACAGGAGCCUCCACUCCCACUGCAAGCGCCUGUUCUCUCACAUCUGGAGCCCCCGCAAAAAGCCUAAAGAGUUUGCCACCAUCCGUGACGGCACCUACAUCUUCAACCGGGAUGUGAUAUUGCAGGAGGACAACCGCCAUAUGGCCAUCCAUUUGUCCAUCAAGCAAAAGGCCAAGCAGGUCCUUGAGAAUGUGGAGAUGUUUGACCGCAUCAUUGCCAGGGAGAAGUUUGAAUGCAAAUGGCCGUUGGCUCGCUCACACUCCUGCCCUGAACUUGACCAAAUGCCCCCUCCACCUGAAGACUUCAAGUUUUGGGACUUCACAUCCAUUGGCCAAGAAAUGGACCGCUUCAAAGUUCCCUUCCUGGUGAUUCUCUUGGUGGUCUUUGCCUACAUCCUGAGCUGUGCCCUAAUCCUGCCACUUUGGGAAAUCAGUUUUUCUACAUUUGAUGCUUUCUAUUUCUGCUUCAUCACUCUCACCACCAUUGGCUUCGGUGACGUUGUUCCCAAUCAUCCCAAGUUCUUCAUGCUCACCUUCCUCUUCAUCAUCAUGGGCAUGGCCAUUAUGAGCAUGGCGUUUAAAUUGGGUCAGUCACGCAUCGUCCACUGCUACCACCGCUUUAUUCGCUGCUUUAGCUGCCUCGGUGUGGGGAAAGUGGGUAAAUACGAUGUACAGGGGGAGUGACCGGCUUGGAGGAUUCAUGCGAAAAAAUAUGGGAUGUUCCUUUGUGUUAGCACAUCUAGAACAUUUAACCCUCGCCAUUUUUUUUGCCAUUGAAACAAAUAGAAAAAAGUUCAAAAGUGCAGACUUAGACCUGGCCAUACAGAAGGUAAAUUGAAAAGUGUACAUUACUUGGCAAAAGUCAGAAACCACCCUUCAUUCAGUCAUUAAGUACAAGUUAUUCAGUGUUUAAGGGAUGUUUCUGAAGAAAUUUGAAAUAAGAUGAUACGCUUGAAUAAGGAAGGAGAAAGCCAAAAAUAAGUGAGUUAAAAAAUGAUACAGAGAAAAUAAGACUCCUGACAACCACCUGGAAGACCUGGUAGACACCAAACCUACCCCAAUCAGAUAAACAGCACUUAAACCUGAGUCAAGAGACAAAAUCAAACUGCUUCAGAUUUGAAAACAUCCACAGGUGGUUUUGUUCAUCCUUCCACCGUGAGAAGAUGACUCAGCACUAUGGGUCUGAAAGGAUGUGUAGCUGCUCAAGAAGAACCUCACUGAGAAAAGG